GGCGGCGUCGCGCGUCCGCGGCCUAGCCCGGCGUGCCCGCUCCGUCAGGCGGUCAUGGGGCGGCCACCGAGAACCGCGAGCGCGGGAGGACGUAGGGCGCGGGGACCCGGCUAGCCGGUCGUCGUACGGAGUCCUACGGCGGGCAACCGAUACGGAAGCAGCCGGUGCCGGGGCGGCGGCGGGGCAGCGGGAGCCGCCUGGGAUGUUCAGUCAUGAAACGAGUGCGCACGGAGCAGGUUCAGGUGGCAGUGUCCUGCUACCUCAAACGCCGGCAGUACGUAGACUCAGAAGGCCCUUUGAAGCAAGGCCUGAGACUCUCACAGACCCCUGAGGAGAUGGCAGCCAACCUCACAGUCCAAUCAGAAUCUGGUUGUGCCAAUGCGGUGUCUGCAGCCCCAUGCCAGGCAGAGCCCCAGCAGUAUGAAGUGCAGUUUGGACGCCUGAGGAGCUUUCUCACCGAUUCUGACUCCCAGUACAGCCGUGAAGUUAUGCCUCUCCUCUACCCUCUCUUUGUCUACCUCCACCUCAACCUGGUCCAGAGUGGCCCUAAGAGCACCGUGGAAAGCUUCUAUAGCCGCUUCCAUGGGAUGUUCCUGCAGAAUGCAAGUCAGAAGGACGUCAUCGAGCAGCUGCAGACCACACAGACCAUCCAGGACAUUCUGUCAAACUUCCAGCUUCGUGCAUUCCUGGACAACAAGUAUGUCGUCCGUCUCCAGGAAGAUAGCUACAAUUACCUUAUCCGCUACCUCCAAAGCGACAACAACACUGCCCUGUGCAAAGUGCUUGCCGUGCACAUUCACUUAGACGUGCAGCCUGCCAAGAGGACAGACUACCAGCUGUACGCCAGCGGUGGCUCCUCCCGCACUGAGAACAGCAGCCUGGAGCCGCCAGAGGUGCCCAGCCCUAUUCUGCAGAAUGAGGCUGCCCUGGAAGUCUUGCAGGAGAGUAUCAAGCGGGUCAAGGAUGGACCUCCCUCCCUCACCACCAUCUGCUUCUAUGCCUUCUAUAACACGGAACAGCUGCUGAAUACUGCAGAGAUCUCCUCCGAUAGCAAACUGCUGGCUGCUGGGUUUGACAACUCCUGCAUAAAACUCUGGAGCUUGCGAUCCAAAAAGCUGAAAUCAGAGCCCCACCAUGUGGACACAUCCCGGAUCCGUCUAGCUUGUGACACUCUGGAGGAGGAGGAGAAUGAAGAAGAUAAUACAGGCACAGAGAUGAAGAUUCUGCGGGGACACUGUGGCCCAGUAUACAGCACACGGUUCCUUGCAGACAGCUCAGGGCUGCUCUCUUGUUCUGAAGAUAUGUCCAUCAGAUACUGGGACCUGGGGAGCUUCACCAACACUGUGCUGUAUCAGGGACAUGCCUACCCUGUGUGGGACGUGGACAUCAGCCCCUUCAGCCUGUACUUUGCCAGUGGAUCCCAUGACCGUACCGCCAGGCUGUGGUCUUUUGAUCGGACGUACCCGCUGAGGAUAUAUGCAGGACACCUGGCAGAUGUGGACUGUGUCAAAUUCCACCCCAACUCAAACUACUUAGCUACAGGGUCCACUGACAAAACUGUUCGGCUAUGGAGUGCCCAGCAGGGGAACUCGGUGCGGCUCUUCACAGGUCACCGAGGCCCCGUGCUCUCCCUCUCCUUUUCUCCCAAUGGUAAGUACUUGGCAUCUGCUGGUGAGGACCAGCGGUUAAAGUUGUGGGACUUGGCCUCUGGGACACUUUUUAAAGAACUGAGAGGCCACACGGACAGCAUCACCAGUCUGGCCUUUAGCCCGGACAGCGGUCUGAUUGCUUCUGCCUCCAUGGACAACUCCGUGCGUGUCUGGGACAUCAGAAGCACGUGCUGCAACACACCUGCUGACGGCUCUUCAGGUGAGCUUGUGGGCGUGUACACUGGGCAGAUGAGCAACGUCCUGAGUGUACAGUUCAUGGCUUGCAACCUCCUCCUGGUGACUGGAAUCACACAAGAGAAUCAAGAACAUUAAGUUUUUAUCCAGGUGGCAGACUGGGUGGGGCUGGAAGACUGGUCACAGUCCAGGACUUGCUAAAACCGAAUCAGUGAUUGCAAAAGAGCCCUCCCCUAUCCCACAUGCACUCAACACAGCCCUGGUGCACAAGACUCCAGUUGAGAGCUGGGAGGCUCCCAGGCUCGAGGCCUCCUGCUUCAUGCAGGCACCUUGCUUUUGCAUCUGUCUCUACCAUGGGUGUGCUGGGACAGGUGCAGAACCUCCCUGUAGCAGCUGUAGACAGUCUCUCCUGUGGCUGCCCCUUGAGGGAAGUGGGAACAGGAAUUAGGAAAGGAGGGGAUGACGUCUUUCCUUUUCCAUGAUGAUAAAACCAGGAUUUUUAUUAUUAUAAUUAAUAAUUUUAUUAUUGAGAAGAAGAAACCUAGCACUGGCAGCAAGUGACUCCUGGCACUGGCUAUAAUACUUGGAAUUUUGAGGUUCAGGGAAUUCAGACUUUGGUGGCCCAGUGUAUCAGGAGAAAGGGGCACCAUGUGCUGUGCUCUGUGGGCAGGCAGGUAGCUACUGAACAUGGGCUCCUGCAGGGAUGGAGGCAAAGGAGGUUCUUCAUUGGCUGCACUUGUGUCAGCACUUGUACCCUGGGGAGAAGCACUGUGGUGAGCAGAGGGUAGGCCUCAGCGUUGCACCAGUUACCCAGGGUUCCAUCCCUACACCAUCAACAAAAUUAUGAUAAAGAAUAAUUUUGAAUAAGUCACAAGAUAGACUUGAGAAAUGCUGGAUUUAAAGAAGACUGCUUAUUCCAAGCUGUGGCUUAUUGGUCUUUUUCCCCCUCGAUGACCUGCUUCCACCUCUCUGCAGUGUCGGUAGUGAACAGGGGAUGAAUCAUGAAUGCGCACUCGCAAGUAUUGACCAUGCUCUGAGGACAAAGCAAGUCUGCUAAAGGAUUAAAUAUUUCUGUUUUCUGAAAAGAGUUAUUUUGUAUUUUGUUUUCUAUUAAAAUGUAUUUAGUUUCAAAAAAAA